UCCUAAGCUUUUGGGUUUGAUAACAAUGGCGUGACACUGAAACCUUUUUAUCUUCUUCUCAACAAAUCUCAUCUUCUCUUUCUCACUCCAAUUGCUUGCUUGCAGCUCACUCCAUCCCUCAAAAAAUGGGAAACUGCCUCCCCAAUUCCACAACCAAAUCCACCGCCGAGAUCUCUCCGGUGACGACGGCGAAACCAACCUCCACCGUCACGGUGAAACUCACCGGUCCGCCGAACAGUCUCUCAACCUCUUACCUCCGCUACGCCCUCCUCCACAAGAAACUCAACCUCCGCUUCGUCCCCUCGGAAAACCAGAAACCGACGAUCCACGUCGGAGCAGAGACGGUGUCGGGAUCCCGGGAGGUUCUGCUCCGUUACAUCGAGGACAAGUUCCCGGAGCCGCCGCGGCUCGCGCUCCGGAAGUUCAACCUAGAAGAAGGCUUCGACGACGAGGCGACCCCGCCGGUAGUGAAGGCGAUCUGGCUCCAGCACAGGAGCGUGACGUGGCACGUUGAGAGGAUGGUGAGGUGGUCUGAGGAUCUGGCGGCACGUGGAGGGAGGAGAGCCGUUGAUGCUUCGGUGGGGACGCCGAAGAUGGAGAUUAGGAAGUUCGCUAAGAGCUAUGGGCAGUUGCUGGAGGUUAUGGUUGAGCAUGCUCAGAUGGAAGAGAGGGUUCUCUUCCCUCUUCUUGAAUCUGUUGAUCGCGGGAUGUGUAAAAGUGCUAAUGAAGAACAUGGGAGAGAGUUGCCGAUGAUGAAUGGGAUUAAAGAAUAUAUUAAAUCGAUUGGGGUGAUGGACUCUGGGGUCUGUUCUGAGGAGCUCUUUAGUCUUGCUUCUCGUUUCAAAUCAUUGCAGAUGAUGUGUAAAGCACAUUUUGAAGAGGAAGAGAGAGAUUUGCUACCGAUGGUGGAAGCUGCGGAGAUGGGGAGAGAGAAGCAUAAGAGGUUGAUGAAUCAAAGCUUGGAACUUAUGAGAGGGAGUCACUCUAACGUGUGUGAUUUUCUACUCCAAGGUCUCACUCCUCAAGAUGCUAUGCAGUAUCUCGACUUGCUCAUGGACUUUGCUGAUCCUAAUUUCAUCUCAUCUUUUAUCUGCCGACAAGACAUUGCUGACUGAUUCUUUUCUUCUGGCUCAAAUUGUGAAAACUGUUAUUGUGUUCGGUGAAGUGAGUUUGGUGUAAAUAUAGUCAGAUUAGAGGCUUCUUUGUUUCUUAUCGAUACAGACAAAAAAAAGGUUAUGAACUUAUAAGAGGGGAAGUGAUUAGAGGCUUCUUUGUUGAAGGUUA